AUGCCUGACAACACCGCGGAAGCUCGGCAGGCCGUGACCAAGAAAAUCGCGUCCACUGGUUCCAACACGAUGAAUCGGGUGGUUGCGGCCGGCGAGUCCUCUAAAAGGAGGCGCCUGGGAACUCGGACCGCAACAAAUGCGGCGGAAUCAACCACGAAAACGGGGAGCAGCACGAACAAGGCGUCUAAUCAAACCACGGUUGGUGGACCUCAAUACCCCACGGAAGCAAUGAUUUGCUAA